AAGAACAUUUUAGCUUCCCUUCAUAUAGUAGUAACACGUUUACAUAAAAUGGGAGGGAGGGAAAAGCUCAACUGACAAACGAACAAAUAUGUAUAUGAUCCACAAUCCUCAUCACACAAACAUUCCUCAAACUAAUGAAUGUAUAUAUAUGUAGAUGUGAUUAGAAUGUGAAUCUUUUAUUGAUCAAAUAAUAAUAAUAAUAAUAAUGGGGAUCUUACGUGCAAUUCUGAAGCAUCCUGAAGAUAUUUAUCCAUUAUUGAAGCUGAAGGUAGCGGCACAAUAUGCCGAAAAACAGAUCCCUUCACAGCCACAUUGGGCCUUUUGUUACAUCAUGCUUCACAAGGUCUCUCGUAGCUUUUCUCUCGUCAUUCAACAGCUUCCUGUCGAGCUUCGUGAUGCUAUAUGCAUUUUCUAUUUGGUUCUGCGAGCGCUUGACACUGUCGAGGAUGAUACCAGUGUAGCGACAGAGGUGAAAGUUCCUAUUUUAAUGUCCUUCCAUCGACAUGUUUAUGAUCGUGAAUGGCAUUUUUCAUGCGGUACAAAGGACUACAAGGUUCUUAUGGAUCAAUUCCAUCAUGUUUCAACUGCUUUUCUGGAGUUAGGGAAACAAUACAAGGAAGCAAUCGAGGACAUUACCAUGAGGAUGGGUGCAGGAAUGGCAAAGUUUAUAUACAAGGAGGUUGAAUCAAUUGAUGAUUAUGAUGAAUAUUGUCACCAUGUAGCUGGGCUAGUUGGAUUAGGCUUAUCAAAACUUUUCCAUGCCUCUGGAAAAGAAGAUGUAGCUUCAGAUUCUCUCUGCAACUCCAUGGGAUUAUUUCUUCAGAAAACAAAUAUCAUUAGAGAUUAUCUAGAAGACAUAAAUGAAGUACCCAAAUGUCGUAUGUUUUGGCCUCGUCAGAUUUGGAGUAAAUAUGUUGACAAGCUCGAGGACUUGAAGUAUGAAGAGAACUCUGUCAAGGCAGUGCAAUGCCUGAAUGAAAUGGUCACUAAUGCUUUGUCACAUAUAGAAGAUUGUUUGACUUUCUUGUCUACACUGCGGGAUCCUGCUAUCUUUCGAUUCUGUGCUAUUCCACAGGUCAUGGCAAUUGGGACCCUGGCAAAGUGCUAUAACAACAUUGAAGUCUUCAGAGGAGUUGUAAAAAUGAGACGUGGUCUCACCGCCCAGGUUAUUGAUCGGACCAGGAACAUGGCAGAUGUCUACGGUGCUUUCUUCGACUUCUCGUGUAUUCUGAAAUCCAAGGUAGAGUUUAAAGAUCCACAUGUGGCAAAAACUUUAAAGAGGCUUGAAGUGAUCUUGAGAACUUGCAAAAACUCGGGAACCUUGAACAAAAGGAAAUCUUUCGUAAUCAAGAGUGGACCUAAUUACAAUUCAACUUUCGUUGUUGUCCUUGUUGUCUUAGUGGCUAUCCUUCUAGGAUACCAAUCUGGAAACCGGAUUUAGACCAUAUGACAGAUUUUCGACGAAAGUCCGGUAAAAAAAGAGAUGGUGUAAGCUCUUGGACGAGUGUGUGUUAGCUGCAGAUUUUGUCCUCUGUAACUUAGGAGUCAUUUGGUUUAGAAAGAUGUUAUACUUAGAUUGUAAUACAAGAAUUGAUAAUGCAGAAAUUAAUAAUACAAAGUUAGUUGUAAAUUGUACUACAUUGUCAUCCGAAUCUUCAGUCUUUUGCUAGUGGUGGAAGCAAGUUGUUAUUCAUUUAUUGUAAAGACUAGGUGGUUAUGGA